ACGUCGUUUGUGUUUAUUCCUCGUCGUGAGCUCAGGCCCGGAUCUGAGCGCCUCCAGCCUCCUGCCUCCAUCAGCAGCAUCCUCCUCCUCCUCCUCCUCCUCCUCCCAGCAGAAAGCAGCAUCCUCCUCCUCCUCCUCCAAUCUGCGCCAUGGCCGACGUCCCAGCGGAGUGCAACAUUAAAGUGCUGUGUCGCUUCCGUCCCCUCAACCAGUCGGAGAUCAUCCGCGGGGAUCUGUUCCUGCCCAAGUUCCAAGGAGACGACACGGUCGCGGUCGGGGGAAAGUCCUACGUGUUCGAUCGGGUCUUUCCCACCAACACCACCCAGGAGCAAGUGUACAACAGCUGUGCCAAGCAGAUCGUCAAAGAUGUGCUCUGUGGAUACAAUGGCACCAUCUUCGCAUACGGACAAACCUCCUCCGGGAAGACUCACACGAUGGAGGGCAAGCUGCACGACCCUCACCAGAUGGGCAUCAUUCCUCGCAUCGCCGAGGACAUUUUCAACCACAUCUUCGCCAUGGAUGAAAACCUGGAGUUCCACAUCAAGGUUUCCUAUUUUGAAAUCUACAUGGACAAAAUCCGUGAUCUUCUGGAUGUGACAAAAACCAACCUGUCUGUUCAUGAGGACAAGAACCGCGUUCCGUAUGUGAAGGGAUGCACUGAGCGUUUUGUUUCCAGCCCUGAUGAAGUUAUGGACGUGAUCGAUGAGGGGAAAUCUAACCGCCAUGUUGCAGUGACCAACAUGAAUGAGCACAGCUCUCGCAGCCACAGCAUCUUCCUGAUCAACAUCAAGCAGGAGCACGUGGAGACGGAGCAGAAGCUCUGCGGGAAGCUCUACCUGGUGGAUCUGGCUGGCAGUGAGAAGGUCAGUAAGACCGGAGCUGCAGGAGCCGUCCUGGACGAGGCUAAAAACAUCAACAAGUCUCUUUCUGCUCUUGGAAACGUCAUCUCCGCCUUGGCUGAGGGCACGAAAUCCCACGUGCCGUACCGCGACAGCAAGAUGACCCGCAUCCUGCAGGACUCCCUGGGCGGGAACUGCCGCACCACCAUGUUCAUCUGCUGCUCUCCGUCCAGCUACAACGACGCCGAGACCAAGUCAACCCUGAUGUUUGGACAACGUGCCAAGACCAUCAGGAACACCGCCUCCAUCAACCUGGAGCUGACGGCCGAGCAGUGGAAGAAGAAGUACGAGAAGGAGAAGGAGAAGAACAAGACGAUGAAGGAGACCAUCCAGAGGCUGGAGGCCGAGCUGAACCGCUGGAGGAACGGUGAGAUGACACACUUUACCGGCGGCUGGCCCCCGGUCGGGACCAGCAGGCCUCACUCCUCGGUCUUCUGCGUCUCAGGGGAGGACGUGCCCGAGACGGAGCGCACCACCUCCGACGUGGUGAACCGCAUCGAGACCACGGAGGAGCGUCCCAUCCUGGACAACGACACCUCGUCCAUCGUGGUCCGCAUUUCAGAAGAGGAGCGGCAGAAGUACGAGGAGGAGAUCCGCAAGCUGUACAAGCAGCUGGACGACAAGGACGAUGAGAUCAACCUGCAGUGUCAGCUGGUGGAGAAGCUGAAGCAGCAGAUGUUGGACCAGGAUGAGCUGCUGGCCUCGUCCAGGGGCGACGGGGACAAGGUCCAGGCCGAGCUGGGCCGGCUCCAAGUGGAGAGCGACUGUGCGAAGGCCGAGGUCAAAGAGGUGCUGCAGGCUCUGGAGGAGCUGGCCAUCAACUACGACCAGAAGAGCCAGGAGGUGGAGGAGAAGGGCCUGCAGAACCAGCUGCUGGCCGAUCAGCUGGCGCAGAAAAUGGCCAGUCUGAUGGAGCUGGAGGCGGAGCUGUCUCGUAUGCAGGAGGUGAGCAGUCAGCAGAGGAAACGCAUCGCCGACGUCCUCAACGGCCUCAUGAGGGACCUCAGCGAGUUCAGCACCAUCGUGGGCAACGGAGAGAUCAAGCUGCCCGUGGAGAUCAGCGGCGCCAUCGAGGAGGAGUUCACCGUGGCUCGCCUCUACAUCAGCAAGAUCAAGUCGGAGGUGAAGAGCAUGGUGAAGAGGUGCCGCCAGCUGGAGAACAUGCAGCUGGAGUGCCACCGCAAGAUGGAGGAGACCGGGAGGGAGCUCUCCUCCUGCCAGCUCCUCAUCUCCCAGCAUGAGGCGAAGAUCCGCUCCCUGACCGAGUACAUGCAGAGUGUGGAGCAGAAGAAGAGGCUGCUGGAGGAGAGCCACGACUCCCUGAGCGAGGAGCUCGCCAAGCUGCAGGACCAGGAUAACUCCAUGAUGGAGGAGAAAGACGCCGAGAAAGGCGAGAUGGAGGAUGGAAACGGGAAGAAAGCUCUCCGUCAGCAGGGAGAGUCUCACCGUGGACUCCAUCACAAGCAGCUGGCGCGUCUGCGGGACGAGAUCAAUGAGAAGCAGAGAGUCAUCGAUGAACUGACCGAUCGUAACUCCAAGAUGGAGCUGGAGCUGGCUCAGGUCCGCGCCGACUUUGAGCGCCUGAAGAGCCAGGACAGCACCAAGAGCGAGCGCCUGGAGGAGCUCUCAUUCCUGCACGAGCGCCACGAGCAGACCAAACAGGACUUGAAGGGUCUGGAGGAGACUGUCGCCCGCGAACUCCAGACCCUCCACAACCUGCGCAAGCUGUUCGUUCAAGACCUCACGUCGCGGGUUAAAAAAAGUUCCGAAAUGGAACCUGAUGAUAGCGGGGGGUCUUGCACCCAGAAGCAGAAGAUUUCCUUUCUUGAGAAUAACUUGGACCAACUUACAAAGGUUCACAAACAGCUGGUUCGUGACAAUGCAGAUCUGCGUUGUGAGCUUCCAAAGCUGGAGAAACGUCUUCGGUCUACUGCUGAGAGAGUUAAGGCCCUGGAGACUGCACUGAGAGACGCCAAGGAGGGCGCCAUGAUGGACCGCCGCCGCUACCAGCAGGAGGUCGACCGCAUCAAGGACGCCAUGAGAGCGAAGAACGCCUUAAGGCGCCCGCAUGCAGCACAGAUCGCCAAGCCGGUGAGACCGAAGCAGCUGCUGCCGGUUUGCUCGCCCACCAACCCGUUUUACACGUACAUCCGCGCCAGCGAACAGGCCAACACCUACAGCAACGCCCUCUUCCAGGGCAACGUGACGCAGCAGAACUCCUCCAGCGCCAACUGCAACCCCAACUCCGUCCAGAGCAACACAGUCUCCACAGCACUGGGAUACAGAGCAGGAAGAUAUAACGGAGACAUACUGGAGUCCUACCCACUCAACAUUGACAACGGUAACACCAUCAGUGAAACCAGAGACAUCAAUGACAACAGGAGCGACGUUCACUGUAGCAGCGAGGUUGACGAAUCAAACCGGCACUACAUCAUUCAGCAGGAGACCGCUGCGAGUUAAUACCCCGAAGAUGACCAAUCACUGUACCGUCCAAGGACCCUCCCCUCCCGCCCCGCCCCGCCCCGCCCCGCCCCUCAUGUUUGCAUGCAGCCUGUCUCCUCAUCCCUCCACUGCAUCAGCGAUGACGAUGAAGAGCCGUAGCCCCCGUAGUCCUCAGAUUAGACCAAGCCCUUUCUGCUCUCUCGGUGACCUUCGCCCU